AUGGCUGACUCGUGCUUUGCAGAGUCCUACGAGGAGGCGCGGGGGAAGUUCCUGGCGGCGGCGGCGGAGGCGGGGGCGGAGGUGGUGACGCUGCCAGUGACGGAGGAUGCGGAGGGGAAGUAUUUCAUGGACAUCGCAGUCCUGACUCCGUCGCCCUCCAGCACGCCGACGGCGCUGGCGGUGGUUUCGAGCGGCACCCAUGGGGUGGAGGGCUACGCGGGCAGCGCCAUACAGAUCGAUCUGCUGCGGAGGUGGAAGGCCGGCGGAUGCGUGCCUAGCCACGUGACCACUGUCCUGGUCCACGCCGUGAACCCCUACGGCAUGGCGCACUUCCGGCGCUUCAACGAGAACAAUGUGGACCUGAAUAGAAACUGCCUGCAGCCUGACCAGUUCGAGAAGCUGAAGGAGGACCGCAUCGCGAGCAUCUACGGGUCCUUCGACCCCCUCUUCAACCCCACGGAGGAGCCGGGCGUCUUCUACCGCAACGUAGGUGUGUGGUUCCGGAUGGCCUACUACGUGGCCAGCUACGGCAUCGGCUACAUCAAGACGGCCAUGGUGGCUGCGACCUACUCCCAGGAGAAGGGCAUCUUCUACGGGGGCAAGAAGCUGGAGAAGUCUCAUGUGCUCCUCCGGGACUUCUUUCAGCGCUUCGCAGAGGUGGAAGCGCGGAAGGUGGCGUGGGUGGAUGUGCACACGGGACUGGGGCCAACAGGUGUCGACGUGUUGCUGGGCAGCGGCAAGGACUAUCCCAAGCUGCAGGAGCUGUUCCCGAAGAUUGCGGGGGAGUCUGACGGCCCUCAGAACUCCUUCGGCCUCACAGUGGAUGAGGUGCUGAAACGGCGCUGCGGGGAAGGCGCCGAGCUCGAAAUGAACGGCGCCCACUUCAGCGCCUCCCAGUCCGCGGGCUACGAGUUCUCCGUUGGCAUCCUCUCGAGUGACUGGGUGACCACCUUCUUCGCCAAGAACUCCGGGCAAGUGCUCCAGGUGGCCCAAGAGUUUGGGACCUUGGGCAACCUGUCGGUGGCGAGGGCGCUGAUGCUGGAGAACUACGGCUGGAAUCACGAUCGGCAGAACCACGACUUCUGGCGCACUUACACGCGCGACGCGUUCUACGUGCGCACAGGAGACUGGAAGGCGCGGGUGCUGCGGCGCGGGGACGAAGUCUUCCGGAAGCUCAGCGCCGCCAUUCCCAGCGCCUGA